AUGAGAGUUUCCGAAAAGCUACAAAAAAACCUGGACUCUGCCGAGAAGUCGAAAGCCACUUUCUCGUUCGAGUUCUUCGUCCCAAAGACCUCGCAAGGUGUCCAAAAUCUUUACGACAGAAUGGACAGAAUGUACCAGACUCGCCCUCAAUUUAUCGAUAUCACUUGGAAUGCAGGAGGCAAACUGUCGCAAUUGUCGACCGAUCUGGUGUCGACUGCUCAAUCCGUGCUGGGUCUUGAGACAUGCAUGCAUUUAACUUGCACAAACAUGCCGGUCGAACUGAUCGACGACGCACUCGCCAAAGCGUAUGAGUCUGGGUGUCAGAACAUUUUGGCUUUGAGAGGCGAUCCACCAGUAACCACGGGAGAGUGGAAACAAUGCGAAGGUGGAUUUGCUUACGCUAAGGAUUUGGUGAAAUACAUCCGUGAAAAAUAUGGUGACCAUUUUGACAUUGGUGUUGCAGGAUACCCAGAGGGCCAUCCCGAAGAAGAGGCCACCCCUCAGCUUAUUGAUUUUCUGAAAGAGAAAGUUGACGCUGGUGCCAAUUUCAUUAUCACGCAGAUGUUCUACGACGCUGACAUUUUCAUCGAUUGGUGUCGUCAGCUCCGCGAGGCCGGUAUUGACGUUCCAAUCAUCCCAGGUAUUAUGCCUAUCACCACGUAUGCGGCCUUCUUGCGUAGAGCGAACUGGUGCCAAAUCCACGUCCCUGAUGAAUUUAUGGCCCAGCUGGACCCCGUUAAGGAAGAUGACCAGGCUGUUCGUGAAAUAGGUACCAAGCUGUUAGCGAAGAUGUGCCAAAAGCUGCUAGACAGUGGCUAUGUGACACACUUGCACAUGUACACUAUGAACCUGGAAAAGGCAUCAUUGAUGAUAUUGGACAAGCUCGGGCUACUGGCAGAAGAAGAGGACAUUUUCAGAGAUGAAGUGGUGCCUAUGCCUUGGAGGAAAUCUUUGCAUCCACAACGUAAAAACGAGUCUGUGCGUCCUAUCUUUUGGCAAAGAAGACCAUACUCGUACGUGGCACGUACCUCAGAAUGGUCGGCGGACGAAUUCCCUAACGGUAGAUUCGGAGACUCUUCGUCCCCAGCUUUCGGUGACCUAGAUUUGUUGGGGUCGUCUUUGAUUAGACAAUCGCCUCAGAGGGCUCUGGAACUGUGGGCAACGCCAAAGACAAUCACGGAUAUUUCGAAUCUGGUCAUCGGCUACUUGCAAGGCAAGAUAAAAUGUCUUCCAUGGUGUGACGUAGCUUUGAACCACGAAGUUGAUAGUAUUGUACCUCAGCUAUUGGACCUGAACGAACAUCAAAUUUUGACGCUCAACUCCCAACCUCGCGUUAACGGGCUCGCCUCCAGCGACAGCGUGAUUGGCUGGGGUCCCAAGAACGGCUACGUUUUCCAAAAAGAGUAUUUGGAAUUCUUGUUGCCCAAGUCCAAACUAUCGCAGUUUGUGGAAAUCAUCGGCAAUGACACCAGCCUCACAUACUUUGCUGUUGAUGCUGCGGACAAGCUCUACUCCAAUCAUCCUGACGAUACCGCAGCCAACUCUGUUACAUGGGGGAUAUUCCCCGGUCGCGAAGUGCUGCAACCCACAAUCGUGGAAAAAGUGUCGUUUUUGGCGUGGAAGGAGGAAUUCUUCCACAUCCUGGAGGAGUGGCGUCUCAUUCUGAGCCAAGACGGCCACGACGAUAGCGCCGCGCUUCUAAGCACCAUCAUCGACGAUUAUGCCUUGGUGAACAUCGUCGAUAACGAUUUCGUGGCCCCAGGUGAUCGCAUCUACGAACAUCUUAAGGGCCUAUAUUGA